AUGGAUGGCAUCUCAAGAAAAUGGAAGACACUUGGUGGAGAAAACCAUUGGGUAGACCUCUUAGAUCCACUGGAUUCCGAUCUCCGGCGAUACAUCAUCCACUACGGCGAGAUGGCUCAGGCUGCACGUGAUGCUUUUAUCUCUGAGAAGACAUCAAACUUCGCCGGAAGUAGCCUAUUCCAUCGGAGCAACCUCCUCUCCGCCGUUGGAAUUGAGGAUGGGAACCCUUUUAGGUACCAAGUGACGAAAUAUUUCUAUGGCACAUCGUCUGUCUCACUUCCUUCGUUCCUUGUGAAGUCGUUAUCGAGGGAGGCUUGGAGCAAGGAAUCGAAUUGGAUAGGGUAUGUCGCGGUGGCUACGGAAGAAGGGAAGGCGGCGUUAGGGAGGAGAGAUAUCGUCAUCGCUUGGAGAGGCACGGUUCAAACCAUGGAAUGGAUUAACGAUCUCAAGUUCGUGUCCGUUUCGGCUCCUGAAAUAUUUAGAGGGACCAAUGAUGUAAAGGUUCAAGAUGGUUGGCAUUCAAUCUACACGACGGCUGAUCCGCGAUCGCCAUUCAAUAAAUCGAGUGCUAGACACCAAGUUCUUGAAGAGGUGAGGCGACUAGUAGAACUAUACAAGGAGGAGGAAAUAAGCAUAACGAUAGUCGGGCAUAGCAUGGGUGGAGCACUCGCGACGUUAAAUGCAGCUGAUAUCGUGUCAAACGGGUUCAACAAGCCACUGGGUAUGCGUAGCAAGGCGUUUCCCGUGACUGCAUUUGUAUUUGCUAGCCCUCGAGUGGGCGACUCAGACUUCAAAAACCUCGUCUCUGCGCACACGGAUAUUCGUGUCUUGCGCGUUCAAAACGAGCAUGAUGUGGUUCCACACUACCCAUUGAUGAUCGGGUACUCGCACGUUGGAGAAGCGUUGGCGAUUGAUACGACGAAGUCGCCGUACUUGAAGAGUCCAGGGGACAUACAAAGAUGGCAUGAUAUGGAGACUUAUUUACAUGGAAUCGCGGGUACACAAGGUAGCAAAGGAGGGUUCGAGUUAGAGGUUAAUCGCGACAUUGCUCUCGUGAACAAAUAUACGGAUGGACUGAAGGAUGAAUAUCACGUGCCUGCUUCGUGGUGGGUUGAGAAGGUCAAGAGUUUGGUUCAACAAGCAGACAUGUCGUGGUUAUUGAAAGAUUGUGAAGAAGAUGAUGAUGAUGAUGAUGGUGAUGAUGAUGGUGAUGGUGAUGAUAAUACGUCUAAAACUAAAUUAAAGAAGUCAUUUGAUGCAUGAUAUGUUUGUGUUCGAUGAUUCGUUGUUUCAUAGUAUUCAUUUGAAAUUGUUUGUGAUAUGAUGUCACCUUUGAAUAAUGUCAAGCAAUUAUUUCAUUUCAAUUUAUAUGUAAAAUGAUUUAUGAAUUUAGUU